AUGCCCGGGGUCUCCGCCCGGCGCCUCUCUCACGAAGAGAGGAGACAGCUAGCGGUGAACCUCACCCGGGUCGUGACGCUCUACCGUUCCAUCCUGGACGCCUACAUCAUCGAAUUUUUCACAGACAACCUAUGGGGCACACUCCCUUGCUCGUGGCAGGAAGCACUGGAUGGACUGAACCCGCCACAGCUGGCCACGCUGCUGCUGGGGAUGCCCAGAGAAGGGGAAGUGGCCAGGUACAGGUCGGUGUGGCCACUCACCCUGCUGGCCCUGAAGUCCACAGCCUAUGCCCUGGCCUUUACCCGGACGCCUGGGUUUCAGACCCCCUCAGAGUUCCUGGAGAAUCCCAGCCAGAGUUCCCGGCUGACAGCUCCAUUCCGGAAACAUGUCAGGCCCAAGAAGCAGCAUGAGAUUCGGAGGCUGGGAGAGUUGGUGAAGAAGCUGAGUGACCUCACAGGCUGCACCCAGGUUGUGGAUGUAGGCUCAGGCCAGGGCCAUCUCUCCCGCUUCAUGUCCCUGGGGCUGGGGCUGACGGUAAAGAGCAUUGAAGGGGAUCAGAGACUGGUGGAGAGAGCCCAGCGCCUAGACCAGGAGCUCCUACAGACUCUGGAGAAAGAGGAGAAGAGGAACCCAAAGGUGGUCCACACUGGCCCUCGUCACCCCCCACACCACGUGGUUAGGUGGGUAGACCCCACGGCCCUGUGCGAGGAGCUCCUGCUUCCACUGGAGACCUCACCGCAGAGCGGGGCCCGCCUGCUGCUGACGGGCCUCCACGCCUGUGGGGACCUGAGUGUCGCCUUGCUGAGGCACUUCUCCUGCUGCCCCGAGGUGGUGGCCCUGGCUUCAGUGGGCUGCUGCUACAUGAAGCUGAGUGACCCUGGCGGCUACCCACUGAGUCAGUGGGUGGCCGGGCUGCCCGGCUGUGAACUUCCCUACAGGCUUCGGGAGGGGGCCUGCCAUGCCCUGGAGGAAUAUGCUGAGCGGCUACAGAAAGCAGGCCCCAGCCUCCGAACCCACUGCUACCGCGCAGCACUGGAGACCGUCAUCCGGGGUGCCCAGCCUGAGCUCCGGCGGCCAGGCGUGCAGGGGAUUCCCAGGGUCCACGAGCUCAAGAUUGAAGAAUACGUGCAGCGGGGGCUACAGCGGGUGGGGCUGGACCCCCACCUGCCACUGAAUGUGUCUGCCCUUCGAGCUCACCAGGCCCAAGAGAACCGUGUGGUGGCCUUCUUCAGCCUAGCCCUACUGCUGGCCCCACUGGUGGAGACUCUGAUUCUACUGGACCGGCUGCUCUACCUUCAGGAGCAAGGCUUCCACGCUGAGCUCCUGCCAAUCUUCAGUCCUGAACUCUCUCCAAGAAACCUGGUUCUGGUGGCCACCAAAGGGCCUCUAGGUGAGGCCUUCUCUCUUCUGGAGACUGAAGACAGCUGA